AUGAUCCCUGCACCAACUUUACAGAGCAGUCCUGUGCCUGUGCUGGAGCGCAUAUGCUUCGUUGUGGAGGGCACAGCAGCGAUGUUUCCCUUUUGGCAGGACAUCAGGACAUACUGCUUGGAUCCUAUCCUGAAAGACCUUGAGAGCAGGACUAGUAGUGUAUCUGAGCCACAAGUUGAGCUUGCGCUGGUCAUCUGCGGCUCCGCCACACCGUGGAGCCAGUGCCCCAUCGAGCGGAGCGGAUGGACGCAGAACCUGCAUGUCUUUUCCCAGUGGCUAGAUGCCAUCCAGCCAUCAGAAGGCGCCCCAGUGCCACAACCGCUGCUGGCAGAGGCCUUGUCAGAGGCGGUGUACUUACUGCAGACAGCUGCGCGCACCUGUCAGCCUGGCUCGCAGCAGGGCCCAACCCACAACCGGGUCAUAGUCUGCGUGGCUUCAGAGCCUUCCCGACUCUAUGUGCCCUGGCCAUACCCAGCAGACUGCAAGGUCAUGGAUGGCUUGGCGAGCCACUUUGAGAUCUGCCAGGCGCUAAAAAACCAUGGAGCAGACUUCAACUUUGUGGCAGGUCAGGUGCAGGGGAAUAAAGUAUUGCACCAGCGGCUUAUCAGAGCAUUUGCACUUGCUCAUGACAUGCGGAACAUGAACGAGGUGAAGGCCUGUUUGGUCGACAUCAGCCCAGAUGUGAUGUGCUGCAUCUCUCCAAAGUGGCCCAAGGCGAAAGCCUCCAUCCAAUCGGCGGCCCCGCCAACACAUGCACCGGUGAAGCAGGUGCAGAACAGCAGUGAGGGACUUUCAAAGACAUCGCAGUCGGCUGCAACCGAGCUCAGCGCCUCAGCACAUAUCACAGUGCAGCUGCCACAGGGGUCAGCUCCCAGGCAUACCACUCCAGGUGCACAUUUUGGCGGAGCAGCUCCCGGAACACAGGGUCAGGCACAGCACAGCGCGUUGGGCGUGCCACCACUGCCCACGCCACAGGGUUACAUGCAGCCAUCACAAGGAGCCCCUGCAGCGGCAGGGCAGCCCCAGAGACAGCGAACACCCAUUUGGAAGGUGAUCAACAAGCUGACCAACAGGGCAGACCUGAACCAUCUUGUAAAGGAUCGAGGCAGGGGCCUUCAGAGGGGGGUUCUGAACAUCAUCGAGCUGGAGGAGACAGGGAAGGCACUGGCGCUUGAAAUGGACAAGAAGAAAAUGGGCGCCUUGGUGGACUUGGGGACUUUGAACGGCGUGCCGGCCAAUCUCAUUGUCCUGACUGCCAGGAAUAAUGUUCACAGGGCUGCCAUACUAUUGGGAGCUGCAGUCGUGGGAAAGGUGGGCAGGAUUGGAAACAGGAUAAAGGAGCACCAUGCCAAAAUGAAGGAGGAAGGGGAGCUGCGCAAGCAGGCAAAGCGAGCAAAGGAGAGGGGCGAGGAGCACCACAACCCACUGAAGCUGGCCUUUCCUUGGCAGCGCAAGCGGCGACGAGGCCCGCACAACGAAAACGGCAUCUUCCGCAUUGGGGGCGCGAAAGCGACUGCAGAGGCGCUGAUCAAGAAGGGGAAGGAGUAUGAGCGUGAGAUGGAUGUGAGGGCAGCACUGCGCUGCUACGAGGAUGCGAACAAGCUUGUGCCGAACACGCCGGACACGCUGUGCCUGGCAGCCAAGGCGUGGUCUGAUGUGUGCUACCUGGACGAGAUCCACAAAGAACGCCUGACGGUCCAGGACAAGCUUGACGUCAACCUGAAGGCCAUCGAGUUUGCCAAUCAGGCGAUCAGCAUGUCGCCGGCAAGGGCGCUGCCACACGUGGCGUGCUGCAUCAGCAUGGGCCGCAUGGCUGUCUUCUCAGACAACAAGACCAAGGUGCGGCUGGCGAAGGAGGCGCGGGAGCAUGCGGUGAGAGCGUUGGAGAAAGAGCCGGCCGAUGACCUGGCGAAUCACCUAAUGGGCCGCUGGCACUGGGAGAUGGCCAACAUCAAUGGAAUCGUGCGCGCGCUCAUUCGCCUCAUGUACGGCACCGACCUCGCCACCGGCAGCCACACCGAAGCACUGCGUUAUUACCGCCGCGCCGCAGAGCUCAACCCUGCCCGCCUCGUGCACCGGGUGGAGAUCGGGCGCAGCUUGGCGCGCAUGGGCGAAAAGGAGCAAGCGCUGCAUGAGCUGGAGCAUGCAGUCACCCUUGAUGUCGAGGACAUCAACGCCCACCUGCAAAAGGUGGUGGCCACCGCUCCAGUGGAUGCUGAGCUGCUGGUGAAGGACCUCAGGAGGAGCGUCAAGCGCAGGCCAGCCUCUGGCGCCACCGUUCAGAGCACCGCAGCCGAAGAUACCCAGCAGCAAGGGCCCGGGAUGCAGCUACCGUGGAACUGGAAGCUGCCGCAAAUACAGAACCCCUUCGCGCAGCAGUGGCCAAAUGAGGCCGCCUCCAAGGAAGCCUCGUCCGUUCCAGCGAGGACUGCCGAGCCCCUGCCAUCGUUGCCCAAUGCCACCCCAGCGAUGAGCAAGAUGGAGGCAGGCAGCCUGGCACCCACACCAGUGCAGAAAUUUAGUGUCACUGCCGAGCCAGCCCAGAAGCAGAACACUGCUGGGCAAUUCCAGUGGCCGGUUUGGGGGAAGGGCCCAGCUGAGAGCACAUGUAGGGAAGCUUCGGCCAGCCCUGGAGAUGCAGUGAAGCCGUUGCAGAAGCAGCAGGGAAGCUUCCUCGGCCUGCAGCUGCCGAAAUUGAAGAAUCCCUUGGAAGGGUGGGGUCAGCGGGUGGCUCCCUCCAGCGGGUGA